GGAUUUACAUCAAGUAAAUAAGAUUCUGAUAUGCAUUGGAAUGUCCCAAUAAUUGUCAAUGAAUUGAAAUAAUACACUGAAUGUUGCAUUUGUAACAUCACAAAAGGUUUAUUAUCCCAAUAAUGUUGACAGAAUACAUGCAAGAUGAAAAUAAUUCCAAGGAAGGUUUAGGGAAGAAACCCAUUUAGAGGAAACAGAAGUAAAACACUUGUCUAAGUCAGGGGUCAGCAAACUUUUUCAGCAGGGGGCCGGUCCACUGUCCCUCAGACCUUGUAUAUUUUGAAGAGAGAAAAAAUGAACAAAUUCCAAUGCCCCACAAAUAACCCAGAGAUGCAUUUUAAAUAAAAGGACACAUUCUACUCAUGUAAAAACACGCUGAUUCCCGGAUUAUCUGCGGGUCAGGUUUAGAAGGCGAUUGGGACGGAUCCAGCCCCUGGGCCUUAGUAUGCCUACCCGUGGUCUAAGUGAUCUUUUUUGCUGCUGUGUUCUGGAGUGUUGGAUCAAAUAUUUACCUGUAUCACUGUGAAUCCUGAGUAUUGCACUGAGAUGACCCAGUAUCACCACAGCUCCUCAAAAAGUGGUCUCUGAUCUUUGCAUCGGUGUAACUUCAAAACGAUCUACAGCCCUGCUCUGGUAAGAUGGUUGAACUCUUCUAUUCAUUGCUUUGCUGUGAGGGGCACUUUAAGCUGGUUUAAAAAGUGAAACUCUGCCUGCAUCACCCAAGGGAAGACUGUCCCAAGACUUUAAUUAACGUGGAUUACAGCACAAGCAAAAUGUACUUGAAUAAUUUUUCAUUAGCAGGUGCUUGGCAACUUAGUGCUUCUCUGCUUUUGCAUAUGGAUAUCACUUGCUGCGGGUUGCGCUGUGGUCUAAACCACUGAGCCUCUUGGGCUUGCCGGUCAGAAGGUCAGCGGUUCGAAUCCCCGCAAUGGGGCGAGCUCCAUUUGCUCUGUCUCAGCUCCUGCCAACCUAGCAGUUCAAAAGCAUGCAAGUAGGAAAAUAGCUACCACUGCAGGGAAAGAUAAACGGUGUUUCUGUGCGCUCUGGUUUCCGUCACGGUGUUCCAAUGCACCAAAAGUGGUUUAGUCCUGCUGGCCAUGUGACCUGGAAAGCUGUCUGUGGACAAACGCCGGCUUCCUCGGCCUGAAAGCGAGAUGUAAACUCGAAACCCGUAGUCGCCUUUGACUGGACUUAAUUGUCCAGGGGUCCUUUACCUUUUACCUAAAGGAAACAGGAUGCAGGCUUAAGAGACAAAAUUGUGUAAAGGUAUAGAAUACUUCCAGGCAUAUUAAGAUGUUGGAGGCUGAGCUUUCCCUGGAACUCAUGGUAGGAAAAAAUCCAAAGUCUAUUUGCUACUAAAUUCCAAUGGAGGCCCCACUGUUUCCAGGAUCUCCAUUGCAAAAUUCAGCUUUCAUCAUUAACAACUUUGUAUUGAUUCUAUCACUUCUGCAUCCAGGGCAUUGCUAUUACUAAGAGAAAUGUUUCUGAGGUCUUAAUUACAAAUAUCUCUCUCUCUAGGCAGAAAUGGAUAAAUAAUACUCAGGAUACUUUACAUCCAAUUAGUAAGACUUACACACCUGUGAAAGAACAUGGCCCAAACUCAAGUCAGUACACAAAUCUAAUUGCAUCACUUAUUGAGUUUGUUCCGACUUUAAUUCUCUGUGGUGUGAACUUAAGUAAUUCUCCAAGGCUGUAAGUUGAAAAAGUAAAUAAAAAGUUAACCCUUAAUUGCUGAACCUUUCAAUAAUGAUAUAUCCAUGAUAUGUUUUAGACAUAACGUAGAAAUUUGUAAUUAAGUGUAGAAGUUUUGGAUUUACUCAGUCCUCCCAACAAUAGCAAAUGAAUUUUACGUGUGAAUACGGGAAACUGCCAUAAAGUAAACCCCAAACAAGGAGCUCCCCCCCCACUUGCCCAUUUCUAUAUUAUUAUAAUAAUUUAAUAUUUGUACCCUGCCCAUCUGACUGGGUUGCCCCAGCCACUCCGGGUGGCAUUUCUGAACUUCUGUCAUUAACAUAUGCACUUAUUUUUCUUUCUCACCCACCUAGAAUCACAGCAUUGUAGAGUUGGAAAGUACCCCUUGGGUCAUCGAGUCCAACCCCUGCAAUGCAGAAGUCACAGUUAAGAAUUCCUGACAGAUGGCCAUCCAACCUCUGCUUAAAAACCUCCAGUGAAGGAGACUACACUACCUUCUAAUGUAGUCCAUUCCACUGUUAAACAGCUCUUACUGUCAGAAAGUUCUCCUUUCUUGUAAUUCAAACCCAUUGGUUUGGGUCUUGCCCUCUGGAGCAGCAGAAAACAAGCUUGCUCCAUCUUCCAUGUGACAAAGAUCACCUCUCAAUCUCUCUGCUCCAGGCUAAACAGACCCAACUCCCUCAACCAUUCAUCAUAAGGCAUAGUGUGGGAGCCAGGAAGUCAUGAAAAAGGCUUGUAGCGCCACCUGGUGCCUCGCUGACCUCAGUGACCUGCAUGUCCGUGCCUUGCAGUGUAUUAAGUGCAUAGCCUUAUAUGGAGUUAUGUUCCCCCUCUGGGCAGUAAUGACCCUAUAUGGUUGUGGGUGGGUUUAAGCCAUGACCAGAUGUAGGUAAUGUGAGACAUUGGCAAACGGCCAUGCGAGAGGAGAGAACAAAGGAUAAUAAAAGUUACGGGAGAGAAGAGAAGUUCGAAAGGAGCUGCUCAUACCAUCCUGAAAAUAUUGCUGGCUCUCUGUGUCUUUAUUUUAUGCUAAACUGCGCCAUUUGUGAUGGCUGGCUCCGUCAAGUGGUGCCCCGUGUGAGGCUGACUAAAAGAAUACGUCUGAGGCUUUUAAAAGAAAACCGUGUGAGGUUUUUCGAUCCACGAAACGGAUAUCAUCGGCUCACCACGCCCGGCAAGGGUUUCAAGCGCUUCACAUCUUAAAAAGAUCCCGGUGAGUGCAAUUCCUUUUUUUAUCUUGAUUUUAGAAAAAUGGGCAGCUCUUUGUCUACUCCCCAACAGAAAUUUUUAAAAGACUUAAAAUUUCUCCUCUCCUCCAACAAAUUGGAAGUUCCGGAGGGUGAUUUGAUACAGCUCAUUCUGGCCCCCUGGUUUCCUGCAGAUGGGACUUGGGAAUUGAAACAUUGGGACAAGAUCGGGGCACAUUUUCAUGGGCACCCCAGCAUUGGUCUUCGGAUUCUUAAUGCAUGGUGCAAGGUUCGUUACGCCAUGGGCUCUUUAUCACCAAAAAAUAUCUCCCUGGGUGCAUUGCCAACACAACCUCCAGCUUCCUUAGUCCAGCCUGCUGUGUUAGCGUCUGUUCCGAUACUUGCCUUGCCAGCAGCAGCCCCAGACCCCAAACCUCCGGACUACAGUUCCUCACCAGAGGACCCAAUCCUGCAAAAAUACUGUGGUCUGGCUGGAAAUGACCCUGCUCUUUCAGCGGCAGAACCAGCUACCCCUUUUCAACGUGCAGUCCUUGCCUGUUCCUUAAUUCAGGAUACUAUGGCAUUCCCUGUUAUUGUGCCCCCUGCUGGUGCCCCGGCAGGCACCCAAGCCCAACACCAACCUUUUGACUUUAAGAUCUUGAGAGAGCUGCAACAGUCAGUAAAGGCCAAUGGACUCCAAGCCCCAUAUACGCAGGCGCUUUUAGAAGCCACAUUAGCCCAGCUCUUGGUUCCAGAGGACAUCAAGCUUUUGGCCCAUACAGUGUUACCCCCAUCAGCUGGUGUUUUGUUUGCCCACGAAUGGGAAACUGCCUGCCGUGCUUAUGCUCCAGCUUUGUUACAACAAGUCAGAGGAAAUAAUCCAAAUGUUACCCUCGCAGACGUCAUAGAUGCCAUGAUGGGGCGUGGUCCCUUCGCUCAAGCUUCAGUGCAAGCCACACUGCUGCAAAUCUUAUUGAGGGACACUGCUCUUGCUGCUAAACAAGCAAUGAGAAAAAUCCCAGAACCCAGUAUUCAAUCAAGGUGGGGUUCAAUCAGGCAAGAGGCAAGAGAAUCAUAUUCUUCCUUUAUGGACAGGCUGCUUACAGCAGUGAGUCGCCAAAUUGAAAAUCCUGAAGCCAAACAAAUAAUUAUCAAACAAUUGGCCUUUGAAAAUGCCAAUGAGGAUUGUAAGGUUGCGUUACGACCGAUAAUACACAAUCCUGCCACAGACACAGCAGCCAUGCUUCACAUUUGUCAGUCUGUAGGUACAGCCACCCACAAGGCUCAUCUGCUGGCAGCAGCGCUAAAUGAAAACCAGCCUGUAGCCACCGAUACAACUUGUUUCCAGUGUGGCAAACCAGGAUCACCGAUACCCCAGUUUGGGUAGAACAGUGGCCUCUACCAAAAGAAAAAUCCGCAGCAGCGGCACCAGCUAUUUCUGAACAGCUUAUUUCUGAACAAUUGACUUUCAGCCACAUUGAACCAUCUUCAUCCCACUGGCUCCAGCAGACAGGGAACGGUUUGCUUUUACAUUGCCAGUAUAUAACAAUUCGCAGCCCACCCAGCGAUAUCAGUGGGUUGUCCUGCCUCAAGGCAUGCGGAACUCCCCUACACUUUGUCAACAUUUUGUGGGUGAAGCAUUGAAACCUUUCUGCAUGUGCCACCUAGAGGUGCUGCACAUGAGCUGCAUCUGGCAGUGUUUGCCUUCCUAAUCAUUUGCCUUGCCAUCCUUUGCUGCACCGUUAUACAAGGAAGAGAAGCAGACGACCCAGUCCAGUUGAAACCACCAUAUUUCACCUCAUCGGCUGGCAAGCAGCUGUUGUCAGCUUCCUACUCUGGCUGGCAGUAUCCACGGCUCAGCCACUCUCGAACUAGAAGAACAGUAUUGUUGAAUAAGACUUUUAGGGGAGAAAAUUAUCAUAAGAUAUGGAGGGAUAAUAUUUUUGUACAAGAUAUGAUUAUGUUUGCCAGUUUAUUGCAUGCUUCUAAAUGUUGGGUGUGUAUGCACAUGGCGCCUUUUGCCAGUCAUUCCGGCAUAAUGCUUCAUGGUGUGCCUGUCAAUGGAUCUUUUCAAUUUACUAAUAUUAUAUCCCCUAAGCAAACUUUUUGGCCUCCAGUAGAAUUGACCCUCCAUGAGCCUGCCCCCAUUUGUUUUCAAAUUAAAGAGGGGAAAGAAUCAUGGGGCAUAUAUCCAAACUGUCAAUAUACAUUGAAUUUCACUUUUAAUAGCUCUUGUUCUCUUAUAGGAACAUACAGUGACCAAUCUCAGUGCUAUAGGAGUGGCACCAGUGCAUGGCUAAUAAACUAGAAAGGAAGCCUACCAUGCAGCUUGGAAUCAGAAUUCUUAUAUUCUUGGCUUCCGGAUGGAAGUUGGCUUCGACAUUUAUUGAUUUUAGUGAUCAUUAUAGUAGUUAUUUGCAUUAUUUUGUGUUGCUGUAUCCAAUGUAUUCCUUCCUUAAUUUCUAUAUGUACUGCAUGGUUCUCACAAGACUCGCCUAUCGCGCUCGAUAUAACCGUAUUGGUAAUGACAUAUAUGACUCUCAUAUAAAAUAAAGAAAGAGGGCAUGUGGGAGCCAGGAAGUCAUGAAAAAGGCUUGUAGCGCCACCUGGUGCCUCGCUGACCUCAGUGACCUGCAUACCGUGCCUUGCAGUGUAUUAAGUGCAUAGCCUUAUAUGGAGUUAUGUUCCCCCUCUGGGCAGUAAUAACCCUAUAUGGCGAUGGGUGGGUUUAAGCCAUGACCGGAUGUAGGUAAUGUGAGACAUUGGCAAACGGCCAUGCGAGAGGAGAGAACAAAGGAUUAUAAAAGUUACGGGAGAGAAGAGAAGUUCGAAAGGAACUGCUCAUACCAUCCUGAAAAUAUUGCUGGCUCUCUGUGUCUUUAUUUUAUGCUAAACUGCGCCAUUUGUGACGGCUGGCUCUCACAGCUUAGUUUCCAGACCCUUUGAUCAUCUUGGUCGGCCUCCUCUGAACACUUUCCACAUUGUUGAAAUCCGUCUUAAAUUGUGGCGGUCAGAAAAGGACACAGGAUUCCAGAUGUGGUCUGACCAAGGCAGAAUUGAGUGGGACUUUUACUUCCCUCGAUCUGGACACUAUACUUCUUUUUUCCCAGACAUCUUUAUUGAAAAGUACAUAAUUAUAUGUGCACUAAACGUGGUGAGUCGU